UUUGCCAUGGUGGCCGACCCAACGCAGAGCCUCGCCGCCGCGUUUGCGACGCUCCGAGCUCUCCCGGAGCCUGACGGCGAGGCGCACGAGCGGCGCCGACGCGAGGCGGCUUUGGCGCUCGACGCCGCGCAGGCGCUGGGCGGCGUCAAGGCGGACGCUGUCGACCCAGUGCUGCUCAAGCCUCCGUGGCGUUCCGAGCGCGUGUGCGCCGCCGCGGCUCGCGCAUCCGGCCCCGGCGACGACGCGUGGGACGUCGACGCGUGCCGGAGGCGGCUGUGCGGCGUGAGGCCUCGCGCAGGGCCUCUGCUCAGUUGGCUCGACGAGAGAGCAGAGGCGCUCGAGCCUUACCGCCGGCUCUCGGAAGCGCGGCACGCGCCGUGGGCGGAGCAGUCGGUGGCGGCCACGCUCGCCGCGGUGCGAGCGGCGAGGAGCGAGCUGCAGCGGCCUCCGUACGUGCUGGUUGCGGAAGGAAGCUUGGGUGCAGAGGCGGCGGUGGCCGCCGCCGCCGGUGCAGCCGUGACGGUUUGCGAUCCGAACCGCUUCGCCGCCGCCGCCAUCGGAGAGGUCGCGGCGGCGCACGGCGUGGCGCACGCGGUGACCGUCGCGCCACAGACCCUCGAGCGACUCUGCGCCGACAUAGUCCUCGCGGCAGCCGGCACUGGAGGCGGCGGCGGCGAGGGCGGCGGCGGCGAGGGAGGCGGCGGCGGCGAGGGCGGCGGCGGCGGCGGCGGAGAGGGAGGUAGCGAGGGCAGAGGGGCGUGGGAUGUGGUCGUACUGACGCCUCUGGUUGACGAGGCUCUGCUCGGGCGGAGGCUGCUGCCCGCGGCGGCGGCGGCGGCGGCGGCGGCGGCGGCGGCGGCAGCGUCGGCGGUCCGACGCAACGGAGGCGGAGGCGGCGGCGGCGGAGUCAGCGGCGGCGGCGGUGGCGGCGGCUGCGGCAGCGGCGGCGGUGGCGGCGGCGGCGGCGGCGGCGGCGGCGGCGGCGGCGGCGCCGGCGGCGGCGGCGGCGGCGGCGGCGGCGGCGGCGGCGGCGGCGGCGGGUGCGGCGGCGGAGUCAGCAGGGGCGGCGGCGGCGGCGCGAACGCGGCGGUCUUCAACGCGGUCGCGCUCGAGGUGCGGCUGCGGUGGGGCGACGAAUCCUCGCGAGUUGUCGAGGCGCUCGGCGACGCGGCCAGAGGCGCCAUGCGCCACCCGCCCACGCCGCACAAGCGUGCCGUCCAGUUCCUCGAGCCGAGGCCAGCCCGAGGGCCCCUCACCGUCGUCGCGCGCCAGAACGGGCUGCGCGCGUGGUUCUGUGCGCCGCCGCCGCCCGCCGCGCCGCCGCCACCUCCGCCGCCGCCGUCCGGCUGGUGGGGGCGGAUGCUGGCGUACGCCGCGGCGCUGCGCCGAGCUGCGGGCCGGCUGCAGGCGGGCGCGGCGGCGGGCGCGGCGGCGGGCGCGGCGGCGGGCGCGGCGGCGGGCGAGGGGGCGGAGGCUCGCCAGGUGCUCGGGCUGGAGAUGCUCUCCGCCGUGACGGACCUCGGCCGGCGCUGCGUCGCCGCCAACGGCGCCGAGGGCGAGGCGCCGAAGCUCCACCUCUUCCUGGCCGAGCUGAUGGACUCGGGCGGGCUCGGUGAGUCCUUGCUCUCUCUCGCGUCCGCCGCACGGCGUGGCGGGCUGCUGCUGCCGGCGGCGCCGCUGCUGCCGGCCCGCAUCCGCGUGUGGGCGACGCUGGUGGAGCUGCAGGGGUGCGGCACGGCGCUCGACAGCGCCGAGCUCGUGCCGUCGCGCCUAAGCGGCGUGAGGCUCUGGUACGCGCCGCUUACCGACGAGUGCCUCGUCUUCUCGGCGGCGGUCAAGCUUCUGCCCGAGAGGAGGGCGGUGGGCGAGGGGGAGCCCCUCUCCCUCGAGGCGGCCUUGGACGUCGCCGCGCAGCCGGCGAUGCUCGGCGUGCACCCGGCCGAGGCGCAGCAGGCGCUGCGUGUGCUGUACGCAAACUGACCUCGCAGUGAGGGCGGAGGUGGCAGCCCUUUUUGAGACUGUCACAGAGCCGGAGACGCACCGGAGUGUUCAACCCAUUGUGUUGGGGGCGAACGGAUCGCAUAUCCGGCGGAAAUCCCCCACGAACACGCAAAUCGCAAAACGUGAUGAGUUACCCCAAAUAAGAAAUACUGAAACAUU